AUGGUCUGGGAAGCGCAAACAAUAACGGAAUGUCUUUUCUAUCUUUGUGCAGAAUUAGGAUUAGUCAUUACCAGCACUCUUUCUAGCAGAGAAAGAUUACAUGGGUGCACCCACGCUACGAAGUUUGUUGGAUUUUCCGCAAGAAAGCAUCAGGACUGGUUUGAUGAGAAUCGACCUGGUAUUCUUGAUCUUUUGCAAACAAAAAAUAAAGCUCACAAAAACAGGCUCUGCAAUCCAGACUCACCCAGUCUUAAUCUUGCAUGGAAAGAAUCACGUACAAAGGUUUGGCAUGUGCUGCGUUGCUUGGAAAACGAUUGGUGGAUAAACAAAACUAGGGAAAUACAGGGAUUAGUGGAUACAAAAAUACGUAAAGAUUUUACGACUCUCUCAAGUCUGGCCCAGCACUCUGUUCAUCCAGUCAAGUCAAAAGAUGGUCUUGCAGUGAUCAACAAUUUUGAGGAAAUCGUGUUACGCUGA